AUGGCGACAAUUCCCACUUCUAUCCACGAUCUCCCAACCGAGCUGGUGUUGAUUAUUGCUGAGUACCUAUGUGAGCCCUACAUCUCGAAGAUUGACCAUGUUCCCACUGAGCCUUCCUCGCUUGAUUUGCCCCAGCAGCGUCGCUGUCGCAGAUACUCACAUCACAAAUCCUCCGCAUUCGAAUGCGCCUCCACCGGAUGA